UAGUUAUGCCAUCAUGGGGUGCGUUCUGGAUUGAUUAUGUAGAAAGUUUGACCUAAGCCCAAAGUAGUAAUAACAAUAUUAAUGUACUUAUGCUCAUAGAUACGGUAUGACUAUUGCUAGUACUGCCUCAGACGUCCAAAGGUGCAGCUGUAUCAUUUACCAAGUCACUUUCCAGCUGGUAGUACAUCUAUACUAUUUAUACUGCCAUCAUGAAGUUUCAGCUCAGUUCAACUCAUUGUCGUACAUGGGAUACUUUCGAACUCAACGGACACAAAUUGGGAUCAAAAAAAAAGUUGACCGCUCAAUAGCUUAAGAAGGCUCAUGCCAGUGAUGUCAGCAAGGAGUUUGCAGUUCGCCAAGUACAUGUAUACGGCGAUGAUUACAUUCUGGAUCUAUGAUUAUGCGUGUUCACUUCAUGAAGAGUGGUCAUUUUUACUUCGAUCGCACUGGAGCAAGAUAAAAUGCUUGUAUAUUGUUACAAAGUACCUCCCCUUUAUCUUUAUCAUCACAGGUCUAUACACGAGCUUUACCCCGAAUGAGAACCCAAUUAAAUGCGGGAUGUUGGUCAAUAUUACCUCAGUGCUCGGCAUGAUAGCAGCCACUUGCGCCGACUGUUUUUUCAUCAUCAGGACAUAUGUGUUCUGGAACAAAAAUAAAAUCUUGCUCGCAGCCAUCGUGGGCACCUAUAUCUUGUGUCUCGUAGGAUCCGUCAGCAUUAUCAUCGACGCUACCGCCUCCGUAGCAUAUGUGACUAGCCCGAUCCCGAGCAUCACAGGGUGCUUCCAGAGUUCAACCGGUGACAUGAUGUUUAUCCCAUUUGUUCUCUUUUCUGCGUUUGGAAUGGGACUCAUGAUCCUCACGCUCAUACGUGCCAUACAUAGCUGGUGGAGAAACUCAAGCCGUCUGUACAUUGUCCUGAUGAACCAUAACAUAUUAUAUUAUGCUUGCGUGUUCCUAUUCUCGAUAAUGAACAUCUUCACAUCGUUGCUCCUCCAGGAAACCUACCAGACCGUUUUGGAUGGUAUCCAGUUCCUAGCCCUUGCGACUGUUGCCACACGCAUGCACAUCCAUCUCUGGCAAACAAAUCAACGUUCACGCGGCUCUACUAGCGACUUUGUUCAGAUUCAAUUAUCCGACAUAUCAUCUGUGAAUGGCACAGUGUGAUGUCUUAUCAUGUGGUUUACUAUCCAGUGUCGUUCAUGGAGCGAGGCUUGGACCGUACAAGGCGACUGGUGGGGGGUGGGUCUGGUAGAGUUCGCUACGUGUGUAAUUUACAAGAUGAGUCUGUCGCGAGCUGCUGUAUGUACAUUAUCAUUUAUACUGCGACAAAUUCGACUUGAUCACACAGUUAUCCGUGGUAACUCAUAAAGACGAAGUUAUGACACGGUACCGCCGUGACAUCACAGCGAACAAGGAACGGGAG